GGCGGCGGGAAGGUGAAGGGGAGGGGGUGGUUUGCAGUUGUUGCGCAGCGUCGCUGAUGUGAGGCGGAGAGAGAGAGAGAGAGAGAGAGAGACGAGAGUCUGCAUCGCUGGAAUCGUUCAGUCAGGCUCCUUAGAAACACCAUGAACCCAGUAUACAGUUCACCUGCUUCGGGGGUUCCAUAUGCAAAUCCGAAAGGAAUUGGAUACCCAGGUUUUCCAGUGGGUUAUGCAGCAGCUGCUCCUGCCUUUUCUCCUACAAUGUAUGCUGGUACAAACCCAGCCUUCCAGACAGGUUAUACACCAGGCACACCUUAUAAAGUAUCAUGUUCUCCAACCAGUGGAGCAGUGCCACCUUAUUCCUCCUCUCCCAACCCAUACCAGACAGCUGUAUACCCGGUUCGAAGUGCCUAUCCACAGCAGAAUCCUUAUGCGCAGCAAGGCACUUACUACACACAGCCUCUAUAUGCUGCGCCGCCUCAUGUAAUUCAUCACACCACAGUUGUUCAACCGAAUGGGAUGCCUGCUGCUGUGUACCCACAACCAAUUCCAUCACCCAGAGCAAAUGGUGUUGCCAUGGGAAUGGUAGCUGGGACCACUAUGGCAAUGUCAGCAGGCACUUUGUUGACGACUCAUUCCCCAACACCAGUAGCUCCUCAUCCCGUUUCCUUGCCUGCUUAUAGGACUCCGGGAACGCCUACCUACAACUAUGUACCCUCACAGUGGUGAUCAACCAGUAAAUGAAAAUGUUGAAAGGUGGGAGAUAUGCAAUCAAACAAGUCUUAACACUUGGUGCUGAAUCCCACAUGCCUCCAACCAGGAUCCUUCCUUCCAGCACUUCAAUGCUCUCAACACUUGCCAAACACUACCAAAAAAGUCUGGGAAGAUUAUCAUGGCUGCAUAUCUUGCAUCUUGGAACUCAGCAGUACUCAAGUCUUAUGGCAAAACCUGUUUUGUGGACUGUCUUGCAAUUUUAUAGAUUACACGAAAGGGAGUAUAAGCAUAUUUGGAUUCAUAUCUAGUUCAAUGCAUGUUACAAAAUGCUUGCUCAAAUCUACCUGCAAUGACUAAUGCAAACCAUCAUAUGCAAAAUCCAAAGGAACCGAGGUUCAAAAAUAUUUUGCAACCUAAUUUCAAUAAUGCAGAGUCUUAUUGUAUGUAAUGUUUUUAAAAAAAAAAAGUUGUGCAAGUGAAUUUAUGCAGCUCACCAGGGAAAAAAAGCUUCUGGCUGAUCUGUUGGACUGGAUUUUUUUUAACGGGAGCAGUUAAAUUUCUUUAGCCAGAGUAUUCAUUUGCAUUUACAGCACAGCACUUGGAGGUGGAGUUCAAGUAGGCAUGAAAUAAAACCUACAGGCAUUGUCUUGACAGUCCUUUUUUCAUUUUAAACUGUUAGAUUCAGUGUGACAUUAGAGAAGAAGGCAGCAGUAGAGAUUAAAGUGAGACAAAUGGAGCAAAUGUGCAGGCAUACUUUAAAUGCAUCUGGAACAGCCAGUAAUUGGGGAAAUAGAAGUAUUUUUCUAUUCUUUGAUUUAAUAUUGCAGUAUUGUUAUAAAUGCCUCUGAUUUAAAAUCAUGACAUUUGAUGAUUUUUCGCCUUUUAAUUUGGGAACUAUUUUAUAACUUUUUCCCUGUAACAAGUUUUUCCUGUGGGUUUUUGUCAAAUGCAAAUCACUGAUUAUCAUCUUGGAUAAUAGAUAAUAUAACAUACAAUUUUUUUUCAAAUUUGUUUCCUCACAUUAUAGGCCUCAUUUCUUUUAAGCAUUGUAUGUUAUUGGAUGCUGCCCAGUAUUGAGUGCGUAAUAUUGGCAACUAUUUAUAAAGCCCACAUAUAAUUUUUAUCAGUCUUAUUUGAUUUUGUUCCAGGUUGUUUAUCACAUAGGAUGACUUCAUUAGUCAAGCAAAAUUGAAUAACAUUUUGAAGGCAUUUAUGACUAAUGCUUCUGAAUAUUUAAACUGUAGUAUGAAACCAAAGGAGGUAACUUUCUUAAUGUUGGUUUGGAAAUCUCUCCAUUACAUGAUCCCAUAAUUUUCAUUGGAUUUUCAUAGGAGUUGUUGGUUUUUGCAGCGGUCAUGUUUGAAUUGAGCAACAAACUGUGACUGUCAGAUAACAUCUGCUUAUUAACUGGAGAAAAGGCAGAUCCCCAUUAUAUUGCGUAUGUCAGCUUUCUCCCCAAUCUCUGCAUGCAAUUCAAUGAGCAAUAACUCUUCUUAGUCCCAAUGACCAGGGUAAUGCCAUUCUUGAGCUUAUUGUCAGAAGAUACAAGUGAAUAAUGUAGGCUGGCUUAUCCUUCAGCUUUACUUAUUGGGUUUAUUGCCUUACCCAGGCGACUUGACUAAGAUCCAGACCUCACUGCAUUGGAUGAGGAAUUACAGGGAAAAUUAAACUUGAAAAGCUUGAAUUAUGAUAUCCAAUGUAAAAAUCCUGAGUUCCACUUGCAUACUUUAUUCAGUUGUUAUUUCCUGUUCAAAAUAAAUCAAUAAUGCAAGUCUAAAGAGUCAAAUGGACAAACUAACUGCUACUUGUGUUUAUAAUGGCCAGGUUAAUGAGGAAUCUCUUUAAUUCAUUAAUGUUUCAAAGCCCCUAAGCACACUGCACAAUAAUUUCAAUACAUAAUCUUUUGUGACAAUAAGAAACUAAGAGAUAAAAUUGAGUAAGAUCUGGUCAUGUCAAUUUCCAGACCCUCUUGGAGAUUGAUCAUGCACAAAGCCUUCAAUUACCACAAAAGUUAAUUGCAGAAGUGACAGCUAAUCUGAUGAAACCUAAUUGUAUCUGUGGAUUAGGAUUGUCUAGCAGUGUGGCUGAGAGCAUUCAGCAGUCCUCCUGGUUGUGCUUGUCUUAUGAGUAAUGCAGGGGAGGAUUUUGGAUUGCUUCUGGCACCAUACAUGAUGCAAGAGGAUCCAACUUCUCGAAUUAGUUUUUAUUUCUAGACUUGUCAAUUUUACCUGAAUUAGCACAAAUUGAGGAAAGUAGUUGUGGACACCAUUGAACAACUUAUUUUAAUGUAGAGGAAUUAGUCAGUUUAAUGAAUUAAAAUUGUUUUUGAUAGUAGCUAGCAAAGAAAUAGUCAAGGGGAACAAGCACAUAACUUUUAGAAUUCGUAUCUUUCCUAUUCCAUUUUUCUAUAUUGAACUUUUAUAAUGGAUUUAGCAUGUAUGUUAACUUCAUUUUAAAAUACUUCCACGACCAAUUUCUUAACCCGUUUUUGGAUAGCCAGCAGCAUUGCUACUGGGAAUGUAAUGAUAAACACAUCUAACUUUAAAAAAAAAUAUGGAGCAGUAUGAAAUUACUGUGUUGUUUAUUGAACAUAAAUUCAAGCUUUCAUAUAUCUGAUUGCACUCACUGCCAUUUGUGUGCCAAGUGCAGUAGUUUUGCCAGAGGUUUCACAGAUAGUGGUGUCCUGCAGGCCAACAGAGCAACUCUGUUUCAGAAAAGCAAUGCGUGUUUGAACAGGUAUUUCUAAGGUUAUCUUUUACAAACCCUGCAUUAAUAUAGCAUGAACAAGGAGGAAGUUAGGUAAUGAAGUCUUCACAUGCAUUCUAAGUAAAAUUGUAUGUUGUAACAUCAGUUAGGGUUUGUUUUUUGAUCUAGUAUUUACAGGGUUUGAAAACUUUUGAGAUACUUAGGAGUACUAUAAUAUGGGUUUUCAUUCUAUAAACAUGCAUCAUGACAGACUACAUCGACAUUAUAAAAGAUUCUCAAAAAAUACAAAGAUUCAAAUUUUAACACAAAUAAUAAAAAUUGAUUACAGGAAGUAAAUUUUAAAGGAAUGGUGUAUUUGAUAGUUUCUUUAAAGAUUUACAAGUUGCAAAUCAGGGCUUAGAAUGAAACGAAAAUUGAACCUUAAGUAGCUAACCUAUAAUCAACACUGUACACUGGACUAAUACUAUUUCCUUUGCUUAUUUUUAACUUUUUUUUUCUUUUUACAUUCUUCUCAGUGCUUCAGCUCACCUGUGGUGUGUUGUAUGCUGAAAUAUUUUCUGUUGUGGCAUCAGUGUGGACUUUGUAACUGAGUGCAGCAUGGAAAUUUUAUUGUUCAGUGUGGCUUUUCAAAUAUGCAGCCCUUUCAUCUUGAUCACUUGGCAUCCAUUGUGCUUCUGUAGUACUGUUGCAUUACAGAAGUAAGUGGCUGAUCAAAUAAUGAAGGCUAAAUCCACAGUGCAUAGCUGCUGAGACAGCAUUUAGCGUGCACAAUUCCUUUUCUUAUAAUGUUUGUUUCAAGGAGAAAAUAAUGGGUAGUGAGGAUAAGAAAAAUCAACCAUGGAAGCCUGCCAUGGACAAUGUUUAAUGUAGAGCACUGUUUAAAUCUGGGAGUUUCUUCAUGUUACACUGCUGUACAUGCACUCAUCUGAAAUAACGCAAUUUAUGUUAAGUUUUAAAUUUAGUUGCUUUUUGUAUUUAAAAAAAAAAACUUGGUAGACCAAAUUAUGCUUUGUUGCACAAAUUUUGACAAAACACUCAUUUGGUGCUUUGGCCAUUCUUUAGUAUUCAUACUGCUUACUUUUGGCAUUUCAAGUAGUUCCUUGGGAUGAUUACAGUGUUGUUUCAUUAAAUGGGUGGAAGAGAGUCCAAAAUUUCAGUCUCUUAACAUCCAGAAACUUUUGGGUGCCCAAGUUUGGAAUUUUUGAAUGGCCAUCCAACUUUCUGCACUUUGGAUUGGGAGACAUGCAAGUUCAUUCUGAGCUAUUGUUGCAUUGUUGAAGGAACAUGCAAGCUUGGCAUACUAAUUCUAAUUGUUCUCUCAAACGUUCUGGUUUGAAGAAGGUAUUGAACUGAUUUAUAGAAUUACAUUGGGGAUAAAAUAUACUGCAAGAUCUGUAGCCUCAUGCAUUUUUGAGACUUGGAAAUAUUCUAAAGCAUUUGUCAAAGCUGCUUAGGAUAACAUAUAUCAUAUGCUCAGGGACAGAUUGAGAAUGACCACCUUGUGUUGAGCUGAAGAUUGUGUAUUUCACCAUGGUUCAUGAAUACUGUAUGUUAUAGAAGUGUAAUUUCUAUUUAACCUAACACCUCAUCAAUUCCCACACACUCAAACUGGGUGUGUUCCUUCAAUGCAGUUCAGUAUUCAACUGAAGUAAUUUACAGUUAAAUACUUGUUCUAAAUACUGGGUUGGGGCAAAAGAAGAACUGUACGAUAAAAAUUAGUAAUCAGUAUGGAUCAAUGGGGAAAAUGUCUCUUCGUACAUUGUAUAUGUUUGCAUGGUCUUUUAAGCAGUUAACAACUGGGUUGACAGACCCUACAAGUGUUGAAUCCCAGCCAAGCAAUGAAAUGCUGUUUUUCUAACCAUUUUUUUUAGAGGAUGUAGAGAUUCUGCUUUUCCCCCCUCCUUUUGCAUUAAGAGCGUUUAUUGGGAAGCAAACACCAUGACCUAAUUUGAAUUUAAAGACCAUUUUAAGGAAACAAAAUAUGAAGGAGCUACCAUCGGUUCUCAGAAUCUUCGAUCUAACCCCGACCACCACACCACCCUCCCCUUCCCCCCAGCUUGCAUUCUUAUCAGACUUGGUGUGAUUCAGUGUGCACAGCUGCUCAGCAGUAGUCUAGGUGGAUGUGAUCUGAACUAUUUCCCUGUUCUAAUUUUUAAAAAAGUUGGGAUUUUGAAUAGCAGCAUCUUACAGAAUGAGUAGAUUGUGUUUGGUGUGCGGUGUAGUGCUGUAUGACAGCUUUUCUGUUCAAAAUAAAAUGAGCAUAUGCAACACAUAGGCACAGCAGAAUCACCCCAGUGAGAGUUACGUACAUUUUUGUUAGAGGCACACUUUUUUAAAAAUUUGACUUUCAAACACUAUGCUUAAUAAAAAAAAAAAAAUAUUAUUUUGGUACUUAUUUAGUCUCGGUCAGUGUCGUCUUCCGGAAAUUAGUUGUAAAGCACCAUUUUACAUUGGAUAACAUAAACCAGAAAUUCUGACAAUUCCUUUCUGAGCCAGUUCAAUUAUGUGUAAAUUCAUACAUUGUUAUUUUUUUAAAAGCAAUCUGACAAGUAGAUGAGCUCAGAUUUAAAAAGAAACUUCAAGGCAUGUUUAUUGUAACAAGAAUUGUUAUGUAUUAAUACUUAAGUUUUCAAUAAAGAUUGACUUGUGUUGCUUA